AUUUCAAAAUGGCUUCCAAUAUCAACAAAUGUCUGUGUUUUGAAGAUAAAUAGUUAUAUUCUCUUCCCGCACAUAAAAAAAAAAAAAAUCAAAUGAAUUAAAAUAUUACUGGAAUUACCAUUACCAUGUCUACGAGCAGUGAUCCUGAGGAAUUUUAUGAUGCAGCUGACGAGACACCCUCCAUGUGAGUUUUGAGUUUUGUUUUUGUUGACAUUGUUCAUUGUUGACUAUUUUUAUUUUUAAUAAAUUUAUUAUUUGAAGGCUCUGAAUCGAUAUUUUGUUGACAAUUUAAUCUAUUAAUUGUCAAUGAGUCAAUCACAAUUAUUAUUAUUCAAUGUCUCAAAGUUCAACAAUUAUAAUUAACAUCAUUUCAAUGUCAUAUUAUCAAUUAAUUGAUUGAAAACUUUUUCAAUUUAAAAUUUAAAGUUAAUUUACUAUUAUAAUUAUUUAUUUGGUCUUGUCCUAAGUCUUAGUCUUAGGCUAGAUUUGAGUUUAGGUUUAGCGUAGUGUUAUCUUAUUACUUAAACCAGGAGGGCCGUAAUACUUUAUGAAAAACUUGUCUUCUUCUUCUUCUUCUUUAUUUUAAGGGCCCACGAUCAAUGAGAAUUGAUCAUUCUGGCUCCUAUGUUUCAGAGGGGUUUGCGAUGUUACUGUCCAUGGGUUUCAAUGGGAUACUUCACUGGUUGCAAGGGCGACUCAGCAGUGGUGUUAUGAACUGGGGGUUGGAAUACAGGAGGCAAUAGACACAAAUGUAUCGAGUGUAGCCGCCUCAACUGUUGCUUUUGGAAGCUUGUUCCAGUCCCCUAUUGUCUUCGGCAGGAAUGAGGAGCUUCUGUACUUUGUUCUUGUUUUUACCAGCCGGAACUGUUUGUCGUGACUUCGUCGCAGUCUGGGGGGAAGAUUAACGAGUUUCUGUUUGAUUCCGGAGCAGUGCACCAGCCCAUUUGUUAUCUUGUAAAACAUGGUGAGCCUGGAUGGUUCAUGACAAAGCGUGCUGCCCGUCGCUGGACCGCCUCCAACCUGUCGAUGCUUUUCUGGGUAAAUGGGUCCCAGACUGUAGAAGCAUACUCUAAAAUAGGUCGGACAAAGGCUUUAUAGGCUUUUUCUUUCACGCUUGAGUUGCCGAUCUUCAGAUUGCGCCUUAGGAACCCCAGGGUCUUGUUUGCCCGGUUGCACACACUGUUAAUGUGCUCGUCCCAGCGGACCUCUCUUUGGAUGGUAACACCCAAGUACUUAACGGAGGAAACUGGCUCAAGAAUAUGGCCAUGCAGUUCGUAAGAGUGGUUUAGAGGGAACCUGCUUCUGGAGACUGACAGGGUUUGGCACUUGACGGGAUGAAAUUCCAUGUCCCAGCUCAUCUCCCACUCAGCUAACCGAUUGAGGUCUUGUUGAAGCUGGCUCUGGUCAGAGCUGUUGACCAUUGUCCUAUAUACCGCCGUGUCGUCUGCGAACAGUCUUGCUUGAGAGGUCAGCUUCUCGGGCAGAUCAUUGAUAUAUGCUAGGAACAAACAAGGGCCUAGCACUGAGCCCUGGGGCACCCCUGACUUAACACCGACAAAGGAGGAGGUUUUGCCAUCUACCACUACUGCCUGGCAUCAGUCGCUGAGGAAGCUAGAGACCUGUGCGGACCAAAAGAAAAUAUGACAGGAGGAAGUUAUUAAUAUUAAGAAAAUAAGUUAGUUAAAAAUUAAAAGUGGAUGCUGGCCUGCGGUAUGUUAUGCAGGCCUGACUAAGACUUUUACUUUUCGCUAGGUCAAUUUUAAUUUAUGCUUUAUGGCUCACCCCGUGUUUCUGUAUAUGAGUGAGCUCCCAUUGUUUAGUCUCAGAAUACUCAGAUUGUUACUAGAGUUAACGAUUCCUUUUUUUGACAUUAAUACCUUAAUGGAAUAUAAUUUUUGUUCAAUUUUCACAAACCGUGCCACUUUGAGUUUCUUUGUUGGAAAUAGGAUUCUCUCCCUUUUGUUUAUUCUUGGAUUGUUACUAGAGUUAACUUUUCUUUAGUAAGAUGGAAUGUUUUAAAUUAUAAUUUCAUUGGGUGGUUAAUUGUAUUUCAUUUUUCUAGCAUUUGGGAAAAUGGAUAUAGUAAAGUAUUUAUGGUAUUGUAAAGAUUUUCUGACAACUUUUGGAUUUUCUUUUUGGUUGAAACUGAAAGAAAGUGUGUAAAAGUGUAUUAUAUGAAAUUGUAAUUUGGGUUUUCAUUAUUGUAAAUUAUUUAUAACACUGCUCCACACUGUAGCACACAAACACAUGGUUUUUAGGUUUACGUUAGGCCAUAGAUUUUAGAUUUGAAUAUUUACAGCAUGCUAACUUUCAUCAUCAUCAUCAUCGCCUGUCGUCCCGUCUGGGGCAUAGGCCACAAACAAAGGCUCUCCAGGCAUCCCGGUCUUGGGCAAGUCUCUCCAACUGUUCCCAGUUGUGCCCACUCUUUUUGAUGUCUGCCUCCAGUUCCCUUCUCCAAGUUGUUUUGGGUCGACCUCUUUUUCUCUUACCCUGGGGGUUCCAAGUCAGGGCUUGUCUCGUGAUACUUGAUGCGGGCUUUCUGAGGGUGUGGCCAAUCCAUCUCCAUCUGCGCUGGCAGAUUAACUCUUCCACUGGUUCUUGUUGUGUGCGCCGCCAGAGAUCCUCGUUGGUGAUGACGGUGGGCCAGCGGAUUCGUAAAAUCGUUCGGAGACAUGAGUUGAUAAAGGUCUGUAGCUUUUUUGAACCAGCUGCUGUUGUUCGCCAUGUUUCUGCCCCAUAUAGCAAGACAGGUUUCACUGUGGUGUUGAAUACCUUGACCUUGGUCUGGAGGGUCAAAUUGCUGCAGCUCCAGACCUUUUUUAGCUGGUUAAAUGCCGCUCUUGCCUUACCAACUCUCACUCUUAUGUCGGCGUCUGUCCCUCCUUGUAUGUCAAUGAUGCUGCCGAGGUAUGUAAAGCUAUCCACCUCCUCAAGGUUUGUUCCUUCCAGUGCUAUAGGUGUGUUGCUUGAUGUAUUUAUUUUAAGGACUUUGCUUUUUCCUCUGUGGAUGUUCAGGCCGAUGCAAGCAGAGUACUGUGCUACAUAAUUGGUUUUCUCUUGCAUCUGUUGCUGUGUGUGUGAUACUAGGGCCAGAUCAUCCGCAAAAUCCAGGUCAUCAAGCUGUUUCCAUAGUGUCCACUGAAUACCAUUUCUCUUCUGCUCUGUAGACAUUUUCAUUAUCCAAUGCUAACUUUAGGGGUACUAAAUUUAGGGGUAAAUUUACAUUUGAGUUAGGUAUACUGACUUAGCAUUCAGGUUUGUAAGAGUUGUAGAUUUUAGAUUUGAAGAUUUUUUGCGAAAAAGAAUUUUAAAUUAAAUUUGCAUGAUCUUUGCUAAUUUUUAACUUAACAUUUUUUUUAAUGUGUUGAGUUUUAACUUUUUUUCAUUCAUUAUUAACAUUUUUAUUUGACGCAAGUUUAAUUAUGAUAAGUUUUUAUCAUAUUAUUAAUUAUCAUUGAGAUGGCUUAGGACUGGUAGUAACAUUACCACUUUGCAGAACUGGGAUUCUAAAACCAAUUGGGUUCUCAACCUUUUUUUUUUAAUUACAUUUUUAAUGCCAUGAAAAUUGGCAUUUAAUUAUCCAUCAGGCCUAAAUAAAAAGUAUAGGUCUAAAAUGAAACUCUUAACUAGACUUUAUGCUAAUAAUGUAAGUAUUGUAGGUAACUUAGUAACACUGUAAAUUUAUGCAACCUGACUCCCACUAUUUACAGUGUUUAAGCAAUCAUUUUUUGACAUUUCUGCUAUCUUUGUUGCCAUGACAAUAGACAAAGAUUAUAAUAAUAUAAAUAGAUUUUUAGAUUUCUAAAUUUAACAUUAGGGUAUUUAAUCUUUUUUUUUUUUGUUUGUUUUUUUCAUGCAGAUCUAGAAAUGAGAGUAUAUCUCCAAAAGUUGUGACAGUAAGUAAAGGCUCAUUAGUAAAAUUAUGAAAUAUUUAGGCUGGUCACUGUUAGUGAUAUGGAUUGCCACUUUUUUACAAACAUAUUAAAUCCAUAUUUGUUUCUUGUUAAAGGGUGUUAAAGAAUACUUUAAUUUAAAAUAAUAGUGCUCAUUAUGAAGAAAAGAAAUAGCUCAUUUUUAUUUUCCAUUUCCUUGUUGAGAAGAGUGAAACUUUGAAAAUGAAUUGGCAGCCUAACCCAUAAGACCUUUGUUAUAGAUGUCUUGUGUUAUUCAGUGUUUUAUCUUCAAUAUUUCUCUCCUCUAAAGCUGUCAGAUAUUGAAGAGGAAGAAAGGCGGCUUCUGCAGUUAAAAAGAAGAGCGGAAGAGAGGUAAUUUUACACUAAAUUAUAUUUUCAUUUUUUAAAUACCAAAGCAGUACUAUGAAAUGUCUUAGGAUGUCUUUGAGAUCAUGAAGAUUCAGCUCAAACAAACUUCCAUAUAACAAUUUUCCUUCAAACAAAUUUCUUCCUUACAAAUUUUGGGUAGCUGCUGAAGAUGGAGUUUAAUAUUCCAGGAUUUGGUAUAAUUAUUUUUUUUAAAUUCUUACUAACAAAAUUAUUGUUGAAAAUUUUAAGUCAGACAUUUACAAAUUGAACUUGACGCCACCCUAACAAUUUUAUCAAACAAAGCCCAAAACUAUUUUAAAUAUCGCUGAUUCAAAAAUUAUACAUUUUAUUUUCUUAUGUGUUUAUUUUCUCCAGGCGAAAAAAGGAAGAUGAGGAGUUAGAACGCCGUCUCUUGCAACUCCAACAGCAGAAAAGAUCAGAGGGAAAAAACCAGGUAGUUAAUUCUUGACACAGUGAUAAGAAAAUAUUGAUGUGGAUUAGUGUACAAUAAGCCAAAGUCUUAAUUUAGCUUUUUAUCUGGGACAAAGAAUUAUUGAUUGUAUAAAAUUAUUUGGAUACAUUUAAAAUUAUGUGAUAUUAUUUCACUCCCAUUAUAUGGAAAUUCUUUAAAAGAUUUGCUUUAAAAAUUUGUAGCUACUAUUUUUUUGUUCAAUACCAGGAACAAGAAUUGAACCAUUCAGAACAUGACGUGAGAAUCAGAAAACUUGAAGAGAUGCGUCAGUCCUUGGUAGAAGAUCGCUCCUUCUUUUCAACCUCCAUUGAUUCAUCAAUAGAGAAUGAUUCACCAAACAAUUCUGCAGACAUUCCAGACCUCUUUGCCUUAUCUGGAUCUCGUCCAGUCUCCGCCCCCAAAUCACGAACAAUUGAAAAGAUGGAAAACAACUGUGUUCAGAAUGCCACCUGCCGUCAACAUGCCAAGAAGCGGUCAGGAUCAUGGGGCGAUCUCCCAAAGAAUGAAUCUGAGCUGACGGUGGCCAGCAGGGGUGAGAACAGAUUUUCCUCUGAGCCUGCAUUUGUAGAGAAGGUGCAAAGAAAAAGUCCAGAGAGCGGAGUUUGUGCAUUGGAAAAUGCAGCAGAGUCCGAACCUGUUGCUGCUGUCUUAGGAAGCUCACUUGGCAGAGAGAAAACUAGGCUGACAAGCAGUGGCUCUGGCAGUCGAGAGGAGAAGUUAAAUGAUAUGGAUCAGAACAUGGAGAGGUUUGUCUUUCUUUUCUAUAAAGGGGGGGGGGGGGGGGGGGGGGGGGGAAGCAUUACUGGCAGAUGAUAUAAACAUAAGAUAAGGGAGACAAUUACUGCCAUGUGAGAUAAACGAGAGAAGGGAGACAAUUGCUUCAUGUGAGAGUGAGAUAAAAGAGGAGAGAAGGGGGACAAUGACAGGACCAAUGGAGUGUCACAUGACAUGCUUAUGAAAAAGAAAGUUAGAGCUCCUCAUUGUUUCCAUGCAGUAUCCCACUACUGAUGAUGUGUUGUGUUUUAUCCUAUGUUAUAUGACUGCCUGUGUUAACGUAUGUGUCAUUGACACAUUUGAGGCCUAGAUUCUGUUCAAGCCACAGGUAGAUGAACAAAGUCUCUGGAUAUUGAAUGCUGUAGGUAUCUUCUAAAUUAAAACAAUGUGUGUUCAGUGGAGGCAAAAACAAGCAGUUUAAUGUAAGAGUAAGGUUAAAACAACCAGAGCUGCUAUUCAGCUAUCCCUUCUUGAGUAAAGGAUGAGCUUAUGCUUGGAAGACAAAAUCCUGGGCUGUUGGAUGAGUCAGCAGCAGAGCCAGAAUGCCAAGAGUACACCAGUGAAGUAUCUUAUGGGGUAGCUUGGUAUACAAAACCCGGGCUGUUGGAUCAGCCAGCAGUAGAGCCAGCAUGGAGUACACUAGUAGAAAUAUCUUACGACGGGGUAAAACCCAACCUGUAGGAGAAUGAUGGGAAGAUUUUCAUGUUCAGUGCUCCCAGUUUCCUAUAGUGGAUUCGUACCUUAAAAUGUCCCAGGCUGUUAUCAAAGAAGUGAGACUGUUUUACCCUACUGGUCAGGGGUGAUUUCAAUCAUGCCAGUCACUACAUCUUGAAAAGCAUUUUGACCCAGUCAUGGUUGUUACACUUGAUUCCCGCCAUUCUUAGCAGUGUAUGCAACCAUUACAAUUACUUGUCCCUAGUCUGCGAGACAUGUUAUGGACAAGGCGAGGGCUGCUAUGUCAUAAUGUACUGUUAACUUUUAUUAUUGCAGAUGACAAACUUCUGCCUUAAAAGUUUGCAAAAAACCAAGGCUUGACAUAAUUCAUAGUGUAAGAUUGAUUAGGUUUGAUAUACUAAUGAGUUUGUAACUUCAGAUGAAUGGUAGAGCGAAAAGUAAACAGGUAACACAGCAGGGGUUAUGAGCAGAGGUUGUCGUCAGAAUAAGAUUAGCGUUUGUCUUUUGUUUUUAGAACUUGAUGCAAAUGUAUUAUUCCCACCCCACUUUCCCCCAACUCAAUACCUUUGUGUCUCAGGUUUCAGCCAGAGAAAGAGAAACAAAAUAAAAGUCUCACCCUGUUGAUAAGUGGCAGUAAAGGGGGUGUGGACUUGGGCACAGACAAUGUUGUGGACACCAUUCUCCAGCUGACACAAGUCCAGCAGAAUUCAGUGCCUGAUAUUGUGCAGAGCACCAAGUCUAGGACUCCUCCUCACCCCAUCAGACCUCCAGUGGCUCCGCCAAGAAAGAAAAAGCCCAAGACUCUAGUGAGUGUAGAACAUGUGUUACUUUAUAGCAAAAAGCACCCCCACCCCUCUAAACUUAAUUACACCCCCCCCCCCACCAAAUAAAAAAAAUGAAGAUGAAAAGAACCACUCUAGACUCACAUGUCAGCUGAAAUAAAUGUUUAAAGGCUGUUUUUAAGGUUUAUAUUUUAAUAUUCCUACAAAAAUCUACCUUUGUAGCAUCUCAUUGUCCAUGAGGCCAUGUCUGAACACAACAGAGGCGACCGUUUAUCUUAUGUUACGUCAACUCUCUUAUAUUUCCAUUACAAGUAACAAUAGUUUGUAUCUAUGUGUGAGUAACUUUCUUUGCGUAAUAUAUCUAAAUGAUACCAACAAGAUUCAUUAACAACCAUUAGGAUAAACUUGGUGUAUCUCUAUCGAGACAACUAAAUGAGUACCUAAAAUGGACACCUGUAUGUGGCCAUGUUUUAGACAAAUAUAGCAGAAUAAACAAAUUUCUCUCCUUACAGUCUCAAACAACAGAGUCCCCAGUCACCCCAAACCCCGAAUAUCCGGUUACAUCAUUCACCCCACAGGACCUGCCCUCGCCCAUGUUUCUCAGAGGCGAGCCGCCAUCUCCCAAGCUGGGCUCAAAGUUCAGAGAAAACUCAUUAGAUGUGAAGACGUUGCUGGAGGGCAGCAGACACAUCAGUGCCAGUGUGAGUACCUUAGAGAAUGAUCAUGAGCAUGCACAGAGAGCACAGAGCAUGAGUUACUCAGACAAUGAACAUCCACAAAGCACGCAGAGAGUGAGCACCUCAGAGACUGAGUAUGCACAGAGACCUCAGAGAGUGAGUACCUCAGAAAUUGAGCAUGCACAUAGAACACAGAGAAUGAGUACCUCAGAAAUUGAGCAUGCACAUAGACCACAGAGAAUGAGUACCUCAGAAAUUGAGCAUGCACAGAGACCACAAGUAGUGAGUAUUACACACUCAAAAAUAAUUAUAAAAGCCCCAUUUUCCAAGCUUAUCUGAAUGAUAUUAAACAUCCAUAUUCUGUCAGCAAAUGCAAGGCCCCAAGCUUGGUGUCUUUAAUUUACAUAGUUAUUUAUUAAAUGGUUUAUUUUUAAAAGCCAAUUUUUUCAUUCAUGCUUCUAAUUGUCAGGGUAUUUCUUUAGGUUUCUGCUAUUUCUGUAAAUUAUAUCAUAUUAUUAAAUUUUGUAUCAUUUUGUUCAACUUUUAACAUCCCUGUCAAGACUUUUGCUGUUGCAUGUCUUAAUCAUUUUGUUCAACUUUUAACAUCCCUGUCAAGACUUUUGCUGUUGCAUGUCUUAAUCAACUGUGAGAAGCAUAAAACUCUACCCCACAUUAACUUAACGAUUAAGACUUGUUCAAUAUUUUUUUCAUAGGAGUCGGAUCAGGUGACUAGCAACGUGAGAAGUGGAAGCAUCAAAUCCCACCAUUUCGAUGCCAACAUUCCAUCUGCUGCUUCUGGCAGUGGGGGCAGCAGCCCCAGGUCCAUGGGUGCAACCGGAGGGUCUAUUUUGAUGGAGGCGCAGGAUUCAAAUCUCGACUCACUGUCUGUUCAAAUUCAACACUGGCAAAGCUUGGGGGAGGGAGGCAGAGAGGCGAGCCCAAAUCGCAGGCCCAGGUCAAAGUCAGGUCGGCCACUGACUGAUGAGGUGAGUUUGCUUGCUGUUAUGAUAAUUAAUAUCGGGUUUGCUUUAUAUAAAAUUAUUAUUAAAAUGCUCUAAUGGUUUAAGAAUUUUUUACAAGGAAAUAAUUUUUUUAAAGUUUUGGCUCAUUAUAUAAAUUAAAAUAUUUAAUUUAUAUCCGUGUCUAAAGUAAGAAAGAAAUCCUCUUUUACAAACACUACUUAAAAUCUGCAUUGCAUGCAAGUGCAACUCUUAAGUAUACCAUUUUUAUUCAUGGCACAUUAAUAUAUUAAUAUGCUGAAUAUAAUCCUACAGGAAAUUCUUGAAUUAGUCACAGUGAGAAACCUUGAUACAGGGGAGACCAUCCCACUGAGCACAGCAGAAGAUAAACUACCGAAGUGUGUUAACCCCCUUGCCUUACAUAUUAUGAAGCGAACUAAGGAAUACAGCAGGUAUGUUUUUGACCAGCAGUACAAUUUAAUUUUAAGUGAAGUGGGGAUGUAGGUAUUUGCUCUAUAAGUACACCCCAGAAAGAUAUCUACUUAUAUGAACAGGAUCCCAUGUCAAUCUCUCAAAUGGAAUAGCAACUUAUGUUAAAAUUAUCUGAAACAUAUUUAUUAUUUAAAUGUAUACAGCAUAGAUUUACAAAGCCCUGGUGUGACGAAUAGUACGUUUGUCUAGAGGUCGGUCCCCUGCAUUAUAGCCUCAGCACAAUUUUUAAGUGACCAGAGCCCCUUGCUUUCUAGCCCCUACAGAGCUGAUGUGUUGGAUGUUUCAGAUGACACAGCAAACUGUGACAGGUGUCAGGUUUCUUAUGACGUAUUGGCUUCAUAUGCGUGACAGGGGAAAAAAUGCAUCAGAAAUAAUCUCUGGUGUUCAGAAUAAAACAGACGUGUCCAGAAAUCCUAAACAUACUCACUAAAACAAAAUAUAGUUGCACAACUCCUAGUGAAAAUGUUCUAAGUCCUCUUCCGUCCACAGCAAAUUUCACGCUCUACAAAAACUAAAAUCACACUCCAUCAACAGCACUCGUCACUGUCCACUCCACACAACAGUACGUUCACACACUCCUCGCAUGGUUUUUACAGACACACCACCAUGGUCAUACGUGACUGAGAAAAACUUGUGGGGUAUACGGGGGAGAACAAAAAAAACACGAUCGCUCACUUAACAUCAAAACAGACACAGACAAAAAAUCAUGCAAUCUGACCGAAACACCAGUCUCCUGUUGCUCCCAGCUGGGGUGGCCAUGACCCUGCUCCUUGCCACUUGCCCCAUAAUAUACUUUCUAUUAAGUAAAUCAAAGAGAAAGCAGUGACAGCCAGAACCAAAUAAUGAGCAAAUGCGUUAACUAUGUACAUACCCAUCUGGACAUACAUGUCCAGAAUUUUUAACCCCUUUCUGAUGAGCAGGUUUUGACAAAUUUACCAAAUAAGGAGUUAGGACACUAGAAGAAAAAAAAAGCAUGGCCUCAAGUGAAAUUUUUUUAAAAUUUUGCAAGCACUUUUGAUUUUUGUAAUAAUUAGUGACACAAGUCUACACAUAGAUGGACUGAGUGACGAAUCUGAUUCAAGGUCUGAGAAAAGUGCUGCAUCAUCCAGUAACACAGUGAGAAGGAAAGGGUGAGUGGGGAAAGUUGGAUGCUUCAUUUAAAUUAAUUUUUUUUUUUUUUUUCGAUACUUGCAGUGUUGGCUUGAAAAAUAUAUAUGAUACAUUUGGGUGUCUUUUAGAUGGCAUUAUAAGAAUGAAUAAUAAAGAAUCUGAAAAAGUGUUCAAUGCAACAGGCAGUUUUCAUAUGGAGCAACCUGAAAAAAAAGUGUUGGCUGGAAAUAAUUUGGGGGCUAGAUGAUAAGAGCAGGUCAUAUUAUGUGAAGUAAUAUGUCCACACUAAAGCUGCAGGUUUUGAUCGUCUUCUUUAUUUUUUAAUUUUUUUUCCACAGAAUGAAAAUGAAGAAAUUUUUCGGUAGAACUGUAAAUAAAGUCAAGUCUAUGGCAGACUCAGGUAAGGAGUGCAAUGAGUUGUUCCCCUUUGAAUAUAAAUAUUCUAUAGGACACACAAAAAGCGGUUUCCCCUGCUCAUAAGUUUUCUUUAAGACACAAUCUCUUUGAUCGUAAACGUAAAUAAGUUGUUGCAAAAAUUUCUUUGGCUCGCCAAGUUGAUAAAUUGUUUUUUUUUAUUGCCAGCCCUGCAUAGUGAUCCACCUAUUGAGGAGGAAGUUUCUGUGGAUGGGAAAGUGUUUAAGGUUGGUAUGGCUUUGGUUGAAAUAUGUGUUGUUUCAUCUCUUCCCUCUGACUCAUAUGAUUUCACAUAUAUCCGUCACACCCCUUUGUGUAACAACUUGAUAUAAUUGAAGAAUACAAGUGGCUGUACUUGAGAUUUUAUUAAUUAAAAAGUAAAUUUUUUUAAAAAUGUUUGUGGUUUACCUUGAUUUGAAUAUUCUAAUACAGGGGUCCUAAACUUUUUAACGAUGGGUGGAUCGGUGUCCUCAGACGUAUUCUGAUAGUUUAUUAAGUACUGAAGUUUCUUAGACAUUCAUUGACUAGGUCAGUGAUUCCCAGCCAAGAAAGAAUGUAUGGACCAGGAGAGGUAUCAACACUCAAACUAAACUGAAAGUAUAUCAGGGGGCUGUUCUCCCUAUGCUUCUCUAUGCCCGUGAAACGUGGACAGUCUACCAAUGCCAUGCAAGAAUGCUGAACCACUGUCAUACAACAAGACUCAUAAAAAUCCUCAACAUUAAAUGGCAGGACAGGGUCCCAGACACUGAGAUGCUCAUACGGGCAGGUCUCCCCAGCAUCUUCACAAUCUUGAUGAAGUCCCAGCUUCGCUGGGCGGGACAUGUUGUGAGGAUGUCAGAUGACCGUCUGCCGAAAAGAAUUUUCUAUGGUGAGCUUGAACAAGGAAAAUGGUCUGCUGGCUGACAGAAAAAACGCUUUAAAGACAACAGAAAAGCCACACUGAAACCCAGACACGUGGGAGGAACAAGCAAAGGAUCGAACUUCACGGCGUUACACUUUGCACAGGGACUCCAUGCAACAUGAAGUUGGCAGAACAGUGGCUGCAGAGCGCAAGAGACAUGCCAGGAAGGCCCGGUCUGACUCUGCUCCCGUAGAUGCGCCAUCUUUCCCUUGCACCUACUGCACAAGAGAAUUUCGUGCCAGAAUCGGCCUCAUUAGCCAUCUGUACACCCACAGGCAGAACCAGCACAAACUCUGAUGAUUAAAGUGGUCAUGGUCAACUCCCAACUGACGAACAACAGGUUCCCAACCUUUUUGACCUGCGGAGCCCUUUUAAGAAUUUAUUUCUUUGGUCAAGCCCCUUAGGGCUGCCCUAUGUCUUACAAAUUUAAAGUGUUAAGCAGUUUCCUAUAGCGGCUUUGGAGCCUGUGAGUAGUGCAGCUGGAGUCCUUAAGGCUCAGCUUUGCACGGGUUAUGAACCACUGGACUGGGUUACCUUUUUAAAAAAAGAAAAUUUUACAUGGAAUCUAGAAUUCAAUAAAUUAAAUUUUCCUUGCUUCUCGUCAUGAUCAAGUUGGCAAAUUAUUCUGACGCACAAGGGAAUAACACAUCUUUUUGUCCAGAAAUUGAUAUUUUAAUUUUUACUUGGAGAAGGGCAUUCAGAAACAAGCCAACUAAGUUAUUUAUUUUACUAUAAAUGUUGUUCUUGUCUGUCCUCAGAUAAAGUCUUCUAGCAAGAACAAAGGUCCCUAUGACUUCUCCCAGCCUAGCAUACUACAGGAAAUGAGCGGGGAACAUUCCGUGAGUGCUAUUUGGGUUUAGCAUUUAAAAAAAAAAAAAAAUUUUUAAAAUAAAAAGCAAUGGCUUGACGAAGAUGAUUAUAUUAUUAUAUUAUAAUCUAAUUGCAUGUCUACUGAUGGUUCUGUAAAUUGGUCUUCUACUUAAUUUAAAACUUUUGAUCUUUUCUUUCACAGGGUGCUAUUUGGACCAUGAAGUUUUCACCCUGUGGUAAGCUUUUGGUAAGUAUUUACUUUGCAAAAGAAAAAAAUUGUAAAUGUCAUAGAAGAAAAAAGAAAGGAAUAAAGGGAAUAUUUUCAUAAAUAUGAUUUCCCAUCUCUUUAUGGUAAAAAUGUAACAAAUAAAUCAGUUGACAGCCUCAGCAGAUGAAUCAUAAAUAUCUGCAUGGACCUUUAGUUUCCUCCACGCUGUUUGGAUUAUAACAUAAAUGGCUAUCAGCUGCUUCACAGUAAGGUGUCCUGGCAUAGGAAGUGGCACACUUAGAUACAAAAUGCCUCAGGGGCUCACCCAUCAUCUAGGUGUUGGAACAACUUAUUGGGAUGGAGUGGAGGACCGGAUGACCUUGACCUGCCCCACUCCAGACUGUUUGCAACAGCCCACCUGCUAGAGGGAUUGUGGGUUGCCUCCAGCUCUAGUGUAGUGGGUGUAAAUAUUUCAGAAGCUUAACAAACACAAACAUUUGUUUGGGCUGUGUGUAUCUUGUGAAAUGCUGGUCUUUCGUGUUUUAUAAAACUGGUCAUACCAGAUUUUACUCUUGAAAAUCAUUCUUAAGCAUAAAAUAUCAUCAGUCUAUGCUUUUAGAACGAAGCGAACAGAUAAUCUUUAUUUUUUUUUCCAACUGACUGUGUAUCUUUACAUAGCUUUACUUAUCUUUAUAUAUUUUUAGCUGAAGGAUUAUCAUAAGUUGAAUGAUUCUUUAUUCCAGGCCACUGGUGGUCAAGACAGCAUACUAAGGAUCUGGGUGCUUAAGUCCACUUACAGCUACUUUGAAGACUUCAGACAGAAAUAUUCUGAUGGUAAGUCUAACAAGCUAACUGAAUUUUAUUUUCUAUAUUUCUAUUCAAAUUAAAAGUUUAUAAACAAAGAAAAAGAACAAACAAAAAAGUUAAAAUGGCAUUCAUAAUUGACAUUUAAUGUUUUUUCUGUCCCAACUAGUUCGACUCUCACCAGCUGUGUCACACGACAGUUUGAACUCUGCCUCUUCAUCUGACCUGUCGGCAGCAGCCAUGGAUCCCCUGGUUUGGAAAAUUUUUUCUAUUGCUACACAAACUUUUCUUUUUAGAGUUGAAAAAAAAAUGAAGAUAAAUUUAGAGAACUAAUUUGACUUUCAUUUCACUGCCUCCCAUUCUUUUUAUUUUGGCAUCAGAACACUUUAUAAUCACAACGUCAUAGUACUGUAGACAGAUAAAUUAUACAGACAUCUCAUUUGUCCUGGUACAUUUCUCUAGUCACCAUGUAACAGUGAUUGUGAAACAUUGAUAGGAUUGGACGCCAUGAGCUUAUUGUUACAAAUAUUUUAUGUUAACAUUAAUUGAUGAAGUCUAUUAUUUUCAUAGCUAACAUUUGCUCAUGUGUUCAUUUUUUUUGCACAAAUAGAAAGAACUCAACAAGCAGUCUGAGGAUGAUGAAAUCAGUGCACCCUUUCGGCGGAAACCAUUUUGUGUUUACAAGGGUCACACGGCUGACCUCUUGGACCUGUCCUGGUCUAAGGUGGGCUUGACCUCACAACUUAAAUCAGCAUGUCUCAGAGAAAGCUCAUGAUGAAUUUUAUUUUUAAAUUCCGUAUAAUUUUAUUUAAUUUCAAAUUUGUUGUUAAGGUGGUCCACGGGUGAAAAAAUUGAUAUUUUGGUUAUUUUUUUCCAAAAUGAGAUUACGGUGUUUUCUGCUAGAUUAACCUCUUAUGUAUACUUUUCUGUAAAGGGUUUUUUUUAAAAUAUAUUUUAAAUGUGUUAAAUAAGUAUUUAAAAGUUGCAUGGUAAGACUACAUUUUCAGGAAAAUAAAACGGGCGAAGCCAAAGUUUGUCUUUUUAGCCCUUAGUUACAUGCAGUUCGUACAGCGCUACAUAUACAUAUUUGGUAUCGAUCGAAAGAAAAACGCAGCGGGAACGCGGUGAUUCCGUAAUAAAAAAUGGCAAAAUAAUACCGGCGAAGCUAUUCCGUAGUUUCUAAACGAAUUUUAAACUCUAUGAUUGGUCGAGGCAUUGACCCCUUGACCUUUCCUCUUUCCUACGAAUCUCAUUGGUCAAAUAUAUUAAAAUUUGAACAGGAUUGAAUGUUUUCUUCCCAUAUUCCAAUUCUACUUCCGCUUUAGGUCUGAAAAUAUGAUGUUAUUUUUCAAUGAACCUAUUAUCGCUAAUUUUAAUCGAUGGACUCAAAACCGACACAAGAAAUCAAAUAUUUAGCACUUUUGUGGAUUUACGUACCCUACCAAAUUGAUGGUAAGUUGAUUUGAGCAUUUUUAUGAAAAAUUCCACUAAUUAUUUAACAUUAUUAUUCUUUUUUAUAUUUUAUCGCACUAGUGCCAUGCUGCGAUAGAAUUAUCUCUCACUCUAGUUCUAACUAAACGAAACGUAGUCCUCUGCACGUGCCCACAGUAAACUUUAAAUAUAUUGUUUUAAAAAUUAAUCCUAAUAAAAUAUAUUAAUUAGCAUCUCUGGAUAGUGCAAUUUUAUUUUGUCUGCCUAAAUAUUUUUAAAUGAAUUUUAUUUAUGAUAUGAAUAUGACUAUCGGACCGUUUGAAAGUUUAAAAAUUAUUUUGAAUCAUAUUGACUUGGAAUAAAAUCCUAGAAUUUUUACUUUCUAUUUCUAUAAAUCAUUAUUAUAGGCAUUCUAUUUUUUAUCAUCUCUAGAUUAUCUGUUGGCAUCUCCUUGAACCUAAAGACUGGAAAGUAAAUGAUGGUACUAUCGAAGAGCAGUCAAGAUUUCUCCGUCCCUUCGACUUCGAGGAUUCCAUUUUCAUCUCGAAGAGUAAUGCCUGCAGCUGCCUUUCCUGAACAUGGUCUCAUGAUAUAUUCUAUUCAAAGAGCCCCUAAUUGUCACACAUCACAACACAUCUGUUGUAUGUGAACAUUUGAACAUGCAUUUAAUUUCUACGGGUAUCACUGCUCACGCUGAUAACAUUACAACAUUGCUUCAAUUAUGCAAGUCAGACCUGCACUGGGUUACAUGAUCAGUAUUGGACUUUACACAAACAAAAGAACAUUGGCUAUAGGAUAAGAAUACAGCCAAACAAGUAUCAAAAGACUUGCAUUAUGUUCAUGGUCUAUUUUUCAAUAACCAUAAUUACGUCAGCCCAGAUGCGUUCUGCUACAACACAUCUAAUACAAAGAUUCUGACUGCCAUUCUUUGUCAAUGAGAACUAAAAUAUAAUGCCAUGUCUGCGGUCUACUCAAGAAUCCUGAAGUACCCUACACCCUAAAGAAGUUUAUAACUAUGAGAGGGACAAUACAGAAUGGAUGCCAUACACUAUAAGACUAUAACCUUUUAUGCAUAUUUUAAUAAUUUAUAAGAUAAAAAAUUUAGCGCCUAAAGGUGUGAAUAUAUAAUUUGAAAUUUCCAAUGUUUAUUUCUACAGCAUUUUAGAAAUUACAUUCUAAUCUUAUAUAUGGCACAUCUAAUUAUUUCAUUCAUCAACAGGUAAAUCUAGAACCUAUCUUUUUAAAAGUGAGUUUUUGAAUAAGCUGUUUCAUAUUAUUUUAUUUUGCGCUUUCCAUUUUUUUAAAGGACGUGGGAUGAAAUAGGGUCAAAAGUUUAAGAGCUACAUGAUACAAACUUUAUAUGCUUAUUUACAUUGAUACUAUCUACAUAAAGACAUGUGGCUUUUUUUAAAAAAUGUCCACAGUUUGUUUUUCCAGCUUUUUUUUUUACAUAAUUUUAUUAAUUUUUUUUUUUUCACCGAGGUUGCAUUUGCUGUCUUUGAGGAAAAUUUAUAUAAUUUGUAUCUGUUUUUUUUUUAAAACCCUUUUAGUAUGAAUUGUGUAUGUAUAUAACCAAUGCAACCUUUGUAUUUUUUAGAGGGCCUGGGAUUUUUUCCUAAUGAACUUAUUACAACUUUUUUGUUAUUUCCACUUAGGAUUUUCCAUUUAUCUCUGACGUCAGAUGUAUUAUGAGGAAAAGUAUUAUUACCACAUGCUUCAAAAUUUGCAAGGUUGUUUCUAUUGAUAUUCUCUACAUAAUGAUUGAUGUUUUUUUAUUGCAUAUCUCAUAAACAAAAUUCAGAAGUUUUUAUGAUCUUAUUAUUUUUAUUAGGCUCGAGACUAGUUGGUUGUUGGAAAAAUGCAUUCAUUUAUAUUCUUUCUAUUAUAUCUAUGUUCUUACAUUGUUUUUUUAAUUAACCAGUGGAAUGUGUUCAUGAUGUAUGCAGCCAAUAUGGUUCAAGUAACCUUUAAUUUUUUUAAUAAGCAUUUUUCAGUGUCUUUUUCAGCUUUUAUCGACUUGGCACUUUCAAUUUUUUCUGACGUAAAUUGAAUCAGGAGGAAUAGUUUUGGAACUACAUAAUUGAAACUUUGCAUGCUUAUUUAUAUUGACAUUCUUUACUUAAUGAUGGAUGGUUUUUAAACAAAUGUCUCAUACGAAAAUUUUUCAGAAUUUUUUAUUUAUAUAUUUUAUUUAUUAGAUUCGUGGGGUCGCGUUUGAAAAAGUGUGUUAAUUUUUUUUCUAUCUUUUUUGUCUAUGUUUUCAAAUUGUUUUUUAAUUCAUGAAAGGUAUAUGUACAUGAUGUAAGCAUCCUAUAUCGUUCAUGCAGCCUGUAAUUUAAAAAAAAAACAUUUUUAUACUUCUUUUUCAUUUUUCUCAAUUUUGCGUUUUCCAGAUUUUUUAGGAACGCCAAGUGAAUCAGGAGGAACAGUAUUCUAGCUACAGGCUUCAAACUUUGCAUGCUUCUUUUCAUUGAUAUUCUUGACAAAAUACAAGAGGCUUUUUUUAAAUAUAUCCAACUAGAAAAGUUUUAUAACAUUUUUACAUAUGGUACCCCUAAAAAUUUCUCGAAGAUUUAUGUCACCCCAAAUACAUGCCAUUUGUAACACUUCCAAUAACUGCAGUGUAAUAAGCUUCUUUAAACUUUUUGUCAAUGUUAUUAUUAAUGUGUAUGCAAAGUUUCAUUAUGAUAUUGCAAUAAACAAAUUGUUUGAUUCAUUUUGCGUGAAAGUCAAAAUUGGUAUAAAAUUUUCAAUUUUUUGCAAUAAAAGUCAAAAAAAAAUUUUUUUAAAUAAACUUUUGUGUUUUUUUGGCUUUCUGUUUGUGUAUGGUUUGUUUGUACUAUUUUUUUUUUUUUUAAAUUAAGAAACAUAGAAAAAAAUUUUUUGACCCAUGGACCACCUUAACUUUUAAAUAUGGAUUUUCCUUCGAGAUUAUUUCUUGUAUCUAUAUACAAAAAAGUGCUAAUUUUUACCAGAGAUCCUUAAUCUUCUUUCAUUAGAACUAUUUCAUCCUCUCUUCAUCUAUGGAUAAAACGGUUCGGCUGUGGCACAUAUCUCGGCGAGAGUGUUUGUGUACAUUCCAGCACAUUGAUUUUGUGACAGCAAUUGUUUUCCAUCCGAAGGUAACGGUAGUUGUAAUUACUGUCUAAUAAUAUAUUAUACUUAUAUUGCUAGAAAAAUUGUGUCCAAUCUCUGCAUGAUAUGAUUUGGCAAGAAAAUUAUUUUAUGUGAGAUAGAUUUGAUUAAGUCAUUAUAUAAUCAAUUGUGAUCAAAAGGAUUUAAAUUUAGUGAAUAGAAAUGAUUAAAAUCAAUUUUACUCUGAAAAUUAGUAAUAUAAACACAAUCUUCCUAAAUUCAUCAAUAAAAAUUUUUCCUUUUUGAUUUUUUUUUCAAGUUUUCCUAACUUCAAUAGUUUUUUCAACAGCUUUUUUUUUUUUUUCCUUUUUUUAUAUACUUUUUUUUGUGCACAAAUUUAUAAUGUCUUCACUGUUUCUGGGCCUGAAAUGGGAAUCCAAACUUUUUUCCCUCAAGUGGAAAAAUAUUUUUUUUUAUUUUUUUUUUAAGUUUUUCUAGUUUUAAUGAUCUUUUUAACAGCUUUUUUUUUUUUUUCCUUUUUUUAUAUACUUUGUUUUGUGCACAAAUUUAUAAUGUCUUCACUGUUUCUGGGCCUGAAAUGGGAAUCCAAACUUUUUUCCCUCAAGUGGAAAAAUAUUUCUUGGUUCGAAUGCCAAUAAAAUGAGGACCGCUCACGUAGUUGGUUUUAAGAUGUUAUCCCUGAAUUGUAUAUUUGAGCAUCCAUUGCAAAUACAGUAACAUCAGAAAUUAGAUUUUUAAAUCUAUAAGUGUUAUUUUGGUGCAUAGGAAUAAGCUUUCCACAUUUAAAAAAAAAACACAAUGGGGUCAUUUUUUACAGGAUGACCGGUAUUUUUUGAGUGGGUCGCUGGAUGGCAAGUUGAGGCUUUGGAACAUACCCGACAAGAAGGUGACCCUCUGGAAUGAACUCUCUGGCAGCUCCAACCUCAUCACCACCGCAAAUUUUUGCCACAAUGGCAGGUUGGCUGUGGUGGGAACAUAUGACGGAAAAUGUAUUUUUUAUACCACUGAGGUAAAUUAACCACAUAAAAAUGUUUUUUUUGUUGUUUUUUUUAUCAGAGAUAAGUUGACCACAUGAAACAGUCCAAGCUUCUUGAAACCGCCAGAUCUAUUUUAUUUCAAAGACUAAAAGAACUAGGAACUUUUGUUCAGUUCUAACAGAUUAUUGGCUCUGUUUCAUAUGACAAGCGAAAAAGAUAAAAUUUUGUUCCCCUGAAAUAGUCAUUGUGGAACACAUCAAUAUGGAUUAGCCACAUACCGUAAAAUAGUCCUGUUCGAGGGGCACAAUUUUUUAAUACUUUUUACAUGCUAAUUAAUUUUAAAUGUUUUUUUAGAAAUAAAGCAUUGAGAUGAAAAAGCCAGGUGAAAAAUAUGGCCUGCGGCUGUAAACUAUCUCCAAAUCUAAAAAUAUUUUGAAGAGUCUGUCAAUUUGACAUCCUCAAAGUAAAGUAAAAGUAGUCGAAAGCUGUAUAUGGCUAAUAGGACUCACACUACAUGUUAAUCAAACUUAAUGGAUGUAUUGGCCUUUGAGGGGCUUAGAUAUAAUCAAGCAGUACAUUUUUAUAGUAUCUGUAAUGACAUUUCAUCAACUUGUUUGUUUAAAAAAAAUACAUAUUUGUCUUUGUUCAUCAGAUACUAUUAGUUUAAUUUCCUCAUGUAUAUAUUUCUUCCUUAUGUUGCCCAGCAACUGAAAUACUACACUAUGGUGAAUGUGAGGUCAUCUCGGGGGAAAAAUUCUAAAGGCAGAAAAAUUACAGGCAUUGAGACAAUGCCAGGGGAAGAGAAGGUAAGAAAUGUGAUGUAAUCAGGGAAAGAGAAGUAAGAAAUUUGAUUUGGGGAGAAAAGUAAGAUGUGACUUAAUCAGGAGCAGAGAAGGCAAGAAAUGUUACUUAUCAAAGGAAAGAAGGUAAGAAACGCAAAGAUCCUAUAAAUUUAGCUAAUAUUAUUUUCAACCAUGUUUUUUAUAAGAUACUAAGAGUAGAAUAAAUGUCAAAUAUAUGACUAACUAGGGUGAAAAUGUUUUCUAAGAUACAGUUCUAAACAAGUCACCAUAUGCUUGUGUCCCUUGAUGAAUAGGGGCGCCCUAAGGUGCCUGGAAUAUAAGUAUUUAUGUUGAACAUGGUAGAUAAUAAUAAAUAAUAAUUAGUGGGCUUUUCUAGCGUGGUACCCCAGCCUAGGGCUGGGCUCACCGCACUGUACAUAAAAAUAUUAUCAAAAGAGACAUAAUCAUGAGAUAUAAGAAUACAUUUUGAACACGGGGCAUAUAAGUAUACAUUUUGAACACGGGGCAUAUAAGUAUACAUUUUGAACACGGGGCAUACAAAGAGAUAUGUUGAACAGGUGUUAAUACGUUUUAAAAUAAUCAACUUGAGCAUUGAUUCCAUGGCCUUGACUUUUGACCUCAUUUGAUUUUUUCACACAGAUUUUAAUCACAUCCAAUGACUCCAGGAUCCGCCUUUAUAACCUCCGUGACUUGACCUUGUCCUGCAAGUACAAGGGCGGAAUGAACAACAGCAGUCAGAUCAGGGCCAGCUUCAGGUAUCGUUGAAUUGUUUACAGAUCUGGGUCAGUUGAAUUUAGUUUAGUUUGACCACCCUGAGUGCUCUCCCCCAGAACCUGACCAAAUUUGAAUACAUCCAGUGACUGAUCUUAGUAGGCUUGAAAAGUUUUGAAAAAAAAAAUGUUUUAUUUUUUGCAGUCCCACGGGGAAGUACGUAGUUUGUGGCUCGGAGGAUCACUUCCUGUACGUCUGGAAGACAAACCACGAGUUCAUCAAGUUCACAUCUGCCAGGAGAGACCGUAAUGAUUACUGGGAGGCAAUCAAAGGUCGGUAACCAUCUGUACUUUACCUUUGAUCAAACUUAAUAAUAAGGCAAUCAGAGGUCGGUAACCAUCUGUACUUUACCUUUGAUCAAACUGAAUAAUAAGGCAAUCAGAGGUCGGUAACCAUCUGUACUUUACCUUUGAUCAAACUUAAUAAUAAGGCAAUCAGAUUUUAGCCACCAUUGGGAUACUCCUUUAAAUCCAUCUUUAAUUAAAAAGUUGCAGCACCUUAUGAAAUCCUUUGGACAGGAGUUAUUAAAGCCAAUGAUAGGGCUGUUGUGGAAAAGGACCAGGUCAUUAAAGUUUAAGUUGGCCUUUAAAACGUUUUUAUAGGUACAUUGGAAUCUUUGUUAAAAAAUGUCAGUGCUAAGUCUUUCUGUGUUAUCAUUCUUCCAUUUCCUGAAAUAACAGAUAGAGAACAUUGUUGUAAAUUGGAGUCAUAGAAAACAUCUAUCUGAAUGUUGUAAAUUGGAGUCAUAGAAAACAUCUAUCUGAAUGUUGUAAAUUGGAGUCAUAGAAAACAUCUAUCUGAAUGUUGUAAAUUGGAGUCAUAGAAAACAUCUAUCUGAAUGUUGUAAAUUGGAGUCAUAGAAAACAUCUAUCUGAAUGUUGUAAAUUGGAGUCACAAAGCUGCUGAAAUAUGUAACACCUUGUAAAGAACAUAAACUGAAUGUUAUUAUGAUUUAGAUUCAAUCAUGUUGACAAAUUAUUAGACUCCAGGCUUGCUGGACUUGAUUUCUUCAAUCCAAAUGUUUUAAUACUUCUCAAAUUACAUAAAUUACCUCCUGAGUUUCAAUAGUAAAAAUUAUUACCACAUUUUUCUGAUUCAUUGAAACAAAAGCAUUGCCUAUAUGUCUCCUAUGUUGUUUGUAUUUUCUUUCAGUGCAUAAUGCGGUUGUGACAUCAGCAGUUUUCGCACCCAAUCCAUCCUUUAUAUUUCGCAUGGCAGAGCAACAAAAUCUGGAACAGAAAGGUCAGCCGAUGUCGGUGGAUGAUGACACAGAAGAGCGCGAGAUCAUUGUGUCUGCCGACUUCACGGGUGCAAUGAAAGUGAUAACCAAUCGGCCAAACAGUCGAAGCAUGUUUUUUUAACCUUCAGACAUUCUCUGUGAUGCCACUGUAAAAUAUAACCGAUUUGUACAGUAGGUUAGCUGCAGCCAGUGCUUAAAUUUUUUUCUCUGCAUUCGAUCUGAUUGGCCGUGUUCAAUGAGAUGUAUCCACAGGUAACAAAUAGUGUUGUCCACAGCAAUAAGAGCUAUGCAGAUCAAACUGAGGCCAGAUGUUGUUGAGAUAUUAACAUACAAGUUGCAAAUAAAUAUAUUGUGAUCCUAAAUCCGAUUAAUCAAUGGCCAUUUAUUUUCCAUUAUGACAAGUGUUUUAAUCAAACUAAGCAUCCGUUAAUGAUAUCUUAAAUGUUACUGGUAAAUCUUAAUAUUAUCAUUAUUAUAAUCUUUAAAACUGAG